AUGUGGGCUCCAGCCCCUGAGGCCUGGCUGGGAAAUGAAGCAUUUCCCGCGGCUGUAGGAGCGCGGUGGGCAGCUAUGGCCCUGGAGGGGCGCUGUCUCCGGCGGGGAUCCCCUGCUAUGCUCAGAAAGGGUCGUCAGCGGCGUCCUACAAAGCAAACUCUGGCUCGGGUCACUUCCACUCUGCUAUCAAGGACACGCCUGCACGGCCUGAGGCAUGUUUGCGUCCCUGGUGGCUCUGUUGGCCGCAGGGCCUUUUGGCUCCUGGCCCUCUGCACCUCCCUGGGGCUGCUUUUAUCCUGGUCCUCCAACCGCCUACUCCACUGGCUUUCCUUCCCCACAUACACGCGAAUUCACACAGAGUGGGCCAAAGAACUGGCCUUCCCUACAGUCACUAUUUGCAACAACAACGCCAUCCGUCUCUACAAGCUCACCAAGAGUGACCUGUAUUUCGCCGGCCACUGGCUGGGCCUACUGCUGGCCAACCGAACAGUGAGGCCCAUGAUUCUGGACUUGCUUCAGGAGGACCGUCGGGCCUGGUUCGGGAAGCUGUCCGACUUCAGGCUCUUUCUGCCACCCAGAAACUUUGAAGGAACCAACCUGGAGUUUAUGGACAGACUGAGCCACCAACUGGAUGACAUGCUCCUCUCGUGCAAAUACAGAGGAGAGCCAUGUGGCGCUCACAACUUCUCUUCUGUGUUCACCAGGUAUGGGAAGUGCUACAUGUUCAAUGCUGUCGAGGAAGGGAAGACACUCCGCACCACCAUGAAGGGAGGGACAGGAAACGGCCUGGAGAUCAUGCUGGACAUCCAGCAGGACGAGUACCUGCCAGUGUGGGGGGACACAGAGGAUACAGCCUUCGAGGCAGGUGUGCGUGUGCAGAUCCACAGCCAGGCGGAGCCCCCGUUCGUUCACGAGCUGGGCUUUGGCGUGGCCCCCGGCUUCCAGACUUUUGUAGCCACACAGGAGCAGAGGCUGACCUACCUGCCUCCCCCGUGGGGAGAGUGCGAAUCGAAGGCUCUGGAGUCGGGCUUCUUCCAGGUCUACAGUGUAACUGCCUGCAGGAUUGACUGUGAAACGCGCUACAUCGUCGAGAACUGCAACUGCAGGAUGGUGCACAUGCCUGGCGAUGCUUCUUACUGCACGCCUGAGCAGUACAAAGACUGCGCCGAGCCUGCCCUUGCUAAACUGUCGGCCGUGGAGAGCAGCAACUGCAUGUGCAGGACGCCGUGCAACAUGACCCGCUACAACAAAGAGCUGUCCAUGGUCAAAAUCCCCAGCAAGACCUCCGCCCGUUACCUGCAGAAGAAGUUCAACAAGUCGGAGAAGUACAUCACAGACAACAUCUUAGUGUUGGAUGUGUUCUUUGAGGCUUUAAACUAUGAGACCAUCGAGCAAAAGAAAGCGUACGAGGUGGCGGGCUUGUUGGGUGAUAUUGGAGGCCAGAUGGGUCUGUUCAUUGGAGCCAGCAUCCUGACCAUCUUAGAGCUGUUUGACUAUGCUUAUGAGGUGGUGAAAGACAGACUACUGGAUUUACUGAGCAGAGAGGAGGAGGAGGAGAGUCACGGAGAGGAUGUGAGUUCCUGUGACCCAGUGGCAAACCACUCGGAGUCCAUCAGCCACACUGUGACAGUCCCCCUGCAGACAACGCUGGGCACCUUGGAGGAGAUUGCCUGCUGA